CUUCCGGUGGAGCUUCCGCCAAGACCUGACUUUCCAUCCGUGAACAUUCACUUGCGGCCGACAAAAUUUCGGGCCCCGAACGGAGCGAGAGUCGCGGUAUGAUCGGAGUGAUCGGAGUGGUAAUAUUAGGUAGCCAAUUGACUUAGCUCUUACUCAAGACCUCCAGAUGGCGUCUUUCUCCAGGGGCUUCGGCCCUCGAGUUCUCCUCCUCGUACGGCAGCAAGCCCCGUGUCAGUGCGCCGCAACCCAGGCCCGGCUGCUCCUCCGCGCCCGCAUCCACACCUCCCGAAUCCUCCAGAAAGCCGCACAAAUACCACGACCCGCAGCGAAGGCCACGCCUAGAACUGCAACCUCGACAACAACAACCCCCAAACCCGCCCCUGCCAGAGCGUCCCUGGCCAUCGGCUCCGCGACGACGGCAGCACACGCCGCCUGCGCCUCCUCGUACGCCGAGCAGCUCGCGCAGAAAGGGCGCACGCUGCUCUACGAAGCGCCUUCGCACUUCUGGUUCCGCGCGGGCUGCUUCUGCUCGGCCGCCUUCUGCGUCUCGUACACCGUCUACCAGUACUGGACCGUCAUCCUGCACCCGCCCGAGGGGCUGCUGUGGUGGGUCCCGCACGCCUUCAGCGUCAUCCUGAUCUUCAUGGCCGGCAUGGGCGCUUACUUCGUGCUGGGCGCGGGCCGCAUCGUGCGCUCCAUCGAGGCGGUGCCCGCGGCGGCCGUCGCCGCGAAGCAGAUCGCUGCGGCUGCUGCUGCUGCUGCUGCCCCGCAGAGUCCCAUCUUCAUCGAGGUCGCGACGCGCCGGGCGGUGCCGUUCCUACCCGCCAAGAAGAUGCUUCUCCGGCCCGAGGAGGUGCUGUUGCCGAUGAGGAUGUACACCUUGUAUGCGGGGUCCAACCGGGCGGGGGCGGCGCAGAAGACGAUGAGCUUGGCCGAGAGAGUGCGUGCGGAGCGGGCGGCGCGCGAGGCCAGGAUUGCGGCGAAGAAGUAUCAGAUGGACCAUAUCCUGACGGCGCCGUUCCGCGACGCGGCCAAGGCGUUCGGGACCGCGUGGGCCGGAAUCAGGCGGUCGUUUAGCCGCGAGGGGUUCGCCAAGAUCUACCUGGCGAACCGUGAGUAUAAGUUGGACGUGUCAGGCGGCUGGGCGCUGGACGAGGGCCGGGCGAUGGACAGGCUGCUGCCUGUGAGACCAAAUACCGUGAAGGCCCGGUAGGAAUGUUUAUUUGAUUUUUGUAUGAAUGUAUGAUUAGGGCGUGCUGCUGUGUAACACCGUGUAUAACGGCUUGCUCAUUGUUGUAGAAUACCGUGUAGAGCCGCUCAGUUGAUGCCGAUGUGCUUACGGGUCCGGCACAGUGGGUAGGGUACUGAGGGUACGCAAGGUCGGGCUCUUGGGGGAGCUUUCAAGCUUUAAGUGCAUCUUCAAUGGCACUUCUCACUUGGGCUAUGAAGCCGUGUACACCAACAGAAUCG